CCGGGUAGUUGGGUCAGCUGACCAAAACAAGGAAGCGCUGACUUCGUUGCGAAGUUGUCGGCCGGGAGUAUUCGGAAGAGAAAAGCUGCUGGAAACAUUGUUUUUAUGGAUUUAUGAACCGGUUUCCGGUAGUUUUAACGUUUCGACGGGACGGUGGAGUGUAAAGCUGGUUGUUUUUAACCUCCGCUGGCCCAGCGCGGCUACAGCUGCUGCUGCUGCUGAUGGAGAAGGUGUUUCGCUGUCCGGGUCGCCAUGGCUACGCCGUGAAAGUGUCUCCGUUCAUCCCCAGCAGAGUGGCCUGCGCCACCUCGCAGUUCUAUGGCAUAGCCGGCUGUGGCACUCUCCUGGUACUGGAUGAAACGGAAACAGGGGUUGCUUUAGUGAGAAGUUGGGAGUGGGGCGAUGGUCUGUUCGAUGUAGCGUGGAGCGAAGCCAACGAGCACAUCGUGGUUGCCGGGGGCGGGGACGGCACCCUGCAGCUGUGGGACACAGCCAAUAACAGUGCUCCGCUGAGAGUGGCCAAAGAACACACACAAGAGGUGUAUUCUCUAGACUGGAGUCAAACCAGAGGAGAGAACCUCAUCGUCUCUGGAUCGUGGGAUCAAACUGCUAAAGUGUGGGACCCCGCUCUCAGCCAAUCACUGACCACGCUCAGGGGACACGAAGGGGUCAUCUACAGCACCGUUUGGUCCCCUCACAUCCCAGGAUGCUUUGCGUCAGCGUCAGGUGACGGGACGCUCCGAGUUUGGGAUGUGAAGAGCGCUGCGUGUCGAUUGGCCAUCCCAGCGCACAAGGCUGAGAUCCUUAGCUGUGAUUGGUGCAAAUAUGACCAGAACGUCGUGGCCACGGGCUCGGUGGACUGCAGCGUGUGUGUGUGGGACCUGAGGAACGUCCGACAGCCUGUCAAUCAGCCUGGACACACCUACGCCAUCCGCAGGGUCAAGUUUUCUCCGUUCAGUAAGACGAUGUUGGCGUCCUGCUCGUACGACUUUACUGUCAGGUUCUGGGACUACAGUAGGAACCAGCCUCUCCUGGACACAGUGGAACAUCACUCAGAGUUUGUCUGUGGACUAGACUUCAACCUGCACAUCCCCAACCAGGUGGUGGACUGUUCCUGGGACGAGACGGUGAAGAUCUACACGCCUGCCUGUCUGUCUGCUGGAGCUCACAGCACAGCCCCGUAGAACAAAUAUCACUACACUUCUGAGGACGUGUCUGUGGGAGUUACAAAACACAAAGGAAAGAAACACAUGUUAAACUGAUAUCAACCACAUGUGCGAACCUGGCCACCAGGAAGUGCGAUCGUCUUUGAAGCCAAUUGAACACAUCGGCCAAAAAAAGGAAAUUACACUUCUGCGUCGGUCACGUGAUGCCCUCUGGCCCAACACUACGUUCUCCCAUAGACACACUGUACAUGCCAAAAGAGACAUCUGUAAAUCAGUGGAUACGUUUUUUAAACGUUGCAACCACGGACAAUAAAUAUCUAACAACGAUGAGUCUUCACUUCCUCCCACAAGUGAAGACAAAAUCUCCCGGAUACUUAUAGUUUUGGACCAGAGUCUGCGCAGUAGUUAUCGGCGUUGGAGCCCCAGUAUUGAAGUCCCGCCCAUCUGCAGUCAGUCCCAGCUGUGACGAUCAGCCCGUUUGUAUGGCAUAAAAUAACUAAUAAAAACCAAACUGCUCAGAAAAAUUAACACUACGCAGUUUUAGAAUUACCUUAAAUGACAGAAACCAUCUUUAUUUGACGUGUACUUUAAUUUUUUUAGGUCAGGACCUGUAGCUCGCCAUCUGGAAGUCCCCACAAAGUCUUAUAAAUAUGGACACACUCUCACACACACACACACACACACACACACACACACACAUUAUCAACAGCAGGCUUUGGGAAAAAUCCAUAGAGAUUCCCAAUCACUUUUAUAAUUAACAAGUUGUGUUAAGGAAUUAUGUAACUCGAGAUGCUUUACAGUUGGUGUGAUCCAUAAUAUAUCCAUGUCAUUAUCUACUUCCUCUUUAUCUAGCUCACUGAAAAAAAAUGUCAACUGUGACUAAUUUCACUACUGAAAUGUCCUCAGUGUAAUUACGGUGUGUUCAGUGCCUUCAAUAAAGAAGUGAAUAUCACAUGAAAAACU